UUUUCUCUAAACAUGGAGCCUCUUCCUAUCUUUGUUGGAGUCAUAGGAAAUAUCAUUUCGGUAUUGUUCUUCAUUUCUCCAAUAAAAACAUUUUGGAGAGUGUUGAAGAAAAGAUCAACAGAAGAGUUUGAUAGUCUUCCAUAUGUUUCAACAUUCCUCACAGCUUCUUUAUGGGCUUAUUAUGGUCUCAUUAAGCCUGAUGGCUUUCUCAUUGUUACUGUCAAUAUCUUUGGACUUUCCCUCCAAAUCUGUUACCUCAUCAUCUUCCUUCUCCUUUCACCUCCACACAUGAAAGUUAGAACAGCAACCUUAGUGGCAAUUUUGGAUGUUGGAUUUGUGGGAGGAACAAUAUCGAUAUCGUAUUUCAUGUUACAUGGAAACUCUCGAAUCAAUGUCAUUGGACUCAUUUGUGCUGCUCUUAACAUUAUAAAUUGCAGUUCACCUCUAGGAAUAGCUAGGAAAGUGGUGAGAAGUAAAAGUGUGGAGUAUAUGCCAUUCCUUCUGACUUUGUGCAUAUUUUUGAACUCUGGGGUUUGGACUUUCUAUGCUCUUCUUGUCAAAGAUCCAUUCAUUGGAGUACCAAAUUUGAUUGGAUUCCUUCUAGGAGUGAUGCAAUUGGUAAUCUAUGUCAUUUACAUGAAUGGACCUCAACCAUCACAUAUCCCCAUCUCAUUCAACAAAGAACGACACAAUUCUUUGUUACAUCAUCAUCUUCUUCCACCACCUCCCCAACCUACGUCGUCUUCAAAAGCCGAUCGACUCUAAUUAAUCUUUCGUUGAAUCGAAUCGAAUUUUUAAACUUAAAUGAAUUGACGUGUCUAUUGAUCACAAUACAUAAAUUCAAACCGAACAACUCUAAUCUCUUUUGGUUUAAUUAGAUAUAACGUAGUUGUAGAGAUCAAACUUAUAUAUCUUUUAUUCUUUGAAGUUUUGAGUUUUAUGUACUUUAUAUUGAUCAAAUGAUAAAUUUCUCGGUUGCAUCAAUAUUUUUUUUUUAUCAUAGACGGACAGUUCUCAA